GUUUCAUUUCUCAGUAACUGAAACAACAAAAUAAGCAUGGCUUUCUACACUAGUAUGUCUCAGUUCCUUUUUCCCUUGAUCUGGUGUUCUAUUCUGAUUUGUCUCUCUUCAGGAUUCCCUACCAGCGAAUCAUCAGUUUCCCCUUCAAAGGCUGAACAAGACUUUGAAAUGUUCCAGCAAUGGAUGGCGGAGCAUGGAAGAGUCUACGCAAACUCUGAAGAGAGCAACACUAGAUUCCAAAUAUUCCAAAGAAAUCUCAAGUACAUCACUGUGACAAAUGCCAAGAGAUCCAAUUCUUCUGGUGCCUAUCGUUUGGGACUCAACAAGUUUGCUGAUAUGAGUCCUGAGGAGUUUAAGAGAGUGUACCUCCAUCCCCUGGAGGUUCCGACCACCAUCGCGCCGGCUACCUCGAGGUCGGGACAUAGGCAGCCCAACAAUUCAUGUGAAAAUGCACCUUCUUCCAUGGAUUGGAGACAGAAAAGAGUGGUGACUCCUGUCAAAAACCAGAAAAGAUGUGGAAGUUGUUGGGCAUUCGCGACCACUGGGGCAAUCGAAUCAGCGAAUGCAAUAAGAAACGGGGAACUUGUUCGCCUUUCUGAACAAGAACUUCUGGAUUGUGACCUCACCAACCAUGCUUGUUCAGGAGGAUUUCCCGUGACGGCCUUUAAAUGGGUUGUCAAGAAUGGUGGGCUCAGUAAAGAAGAUGAUUAUCCUUAUGUGGGGGAAAAGGGUCAUUGCAAAGCUGAAAAGAAAAGUGUUGUGAAAAUAAAUGGCUAUCAACGCGUAAAGCAGUCGGAUCAUGCUCUCUUGUGUGCCAUCGCUAAUCAACCUAUUACGGUGGGUUUGGAUGCAACACCACUUCAAUUUUAUCAGGGCGGGAUUAUUGAUGGUGAAAGUUGCCCCAUGGGAAAUCAACCAAAUCAUGCAGUUUUGAUCGUGGGAUAUGACUCAAAAGAUGGCAAAGAUUAUUGGAUUGUAAAGAACUCAUGGGGAGAAGAUUGGGGAAUGAACGGAUACUUCUUGAUUCAAAGGAAUUCAAAAGCACCAAAUGGAGUUUGCUCUAUUAAUACUGCCGCUUCAUACCCAACCAUAUAGACUAGUACCACUAAGUUGCCGUCAAUUUCUGAUUUGGCGUUGUUAUGAACUCUAAGUAUGUCUACCCUAAAUUUUAAAUAAAGAGUCAGAAACUAUUGGUUAUAAUAUAUUUAUGUAUUGACCAUCAGAAUCCUACUCAGAUUUAUCAAUUUUACUUUU